AUGGAGAGAAACUCAAGCACUUCUGUCUGGAGGAUAAACAGCCUGCCUGUGUGGCGUGUCAGACUUCCAAACGACACACCAACCACAGGUGCUGCCCCCAUAGAUGAAGCUGUUCUGGAUCACAAGGUAAUGUAAUAUAACACAUUCGAUAUAGUAUAAAAAAUUUUUGGUCGCUGGCGUAGUUAACUGCAGUGACUAUAGCAACCAGUCUUGAGAACGGCGUAGUGGACUGCAGUGACCACAGCAACCAGUGUAUUGUGGUGGAUAUUAUAAAAUAAGGAUUUGGUUUGGUCCAAGUCAAACUAAGAUGCUUUAUUUCUGAGCUCAGAGGGAACCGAGACAGAGCAUUGGGUGAUAAGCACGUGUCUUUCUAGUUUGCUGUUCUUGGGCGGGACUUUCAGUUCUUCUUUUAUCUCUAAGAGGACACAGGAGCAAGCUGGUUUGGAACACAGAAUUAUACUCAGAAGAACAGGAGGUUAUAAUAGGACAGUUUCACAAGGUUAGUCACAUACUCAGUUAUGUGGACACAUACAAUUUAAAAUUUCCCAUUACAGUAUUCAUUUGUUGUGUGUUGAAUUUGCAAUUCAUACACAGACAAUGUUGUUUAAUUCCAGGAGAAAGUGAAGACUGGACUGGAGUCCUUACAGGAGAAAGUGAAGACUGGACUGGAGUCCUUACAGGAGAAUCCGAAGGUCUUUAACCAAGUUAAAUCAACAUAUCAAGGUAAAAUAACAGUUUGCUCUGUAUUUAUUUCAGUACAAACCAGUCUCUGAGGUCUGGACCUUUAUGGCACAAGCUGUAGUCUACUCUAAUCGACUCAUUUACAGUUUCAUAGUAAUAUCUUUAUCUCUCUCACUGUCUCCAGAGCCAGGCCCAGCACUCUAAUCGACUCAUUUACAGUUUCAUAGUAAUAUCUUUAUCUCUCUCACUGUCUCCAGAGCCAGGCCCAGCACUCAGAGAAGCAGAUUAAGGAGAAGAUUGAGAAGUUUCACCAGUUUCUAUAAGAGGAAGAGGAGGCCAGGACAGCUGCACUGAGGGAGGAAGAGGAGGCCAGGACAGCUGCACUGAGGGAGGAAGAGGAGGCCAGGAUAGCUGCACUGAGGGAGGAAGAGGAGCAGAAGAGUCAGAUGAAGAUUGAAGACAUUAGCAGAGAGAUUAUCAUCCCUUUCAGACACAAUCAGAGCCAUAGAGGAGGAUCAAGGAGCUGAAGACAUUUCAUUCCUGCAGGUAGGAACUCUCUCCUCAGCAAAAGAUUGUUUACGAGACAUGUCGUGAUGAAAAAUGUACAAAUAUUUGUUGAUAGCCUGGUCCUUUCUUUUACAGAACUACAAGGCCACCAUGGAACGGUAAGAGAUCUGCCUCCUCUCUCUCUCUUCUCUGUAGUUCUGAACCUAACCCCACAGCAGAACGGGACUCCUGAAUGUUCUGCAGAGCCCAGUGAACACUCCCAGAUCCACAGCUAGUCUCAGGAGCGUUGAUAGACGUGGCCAAUCACCUGGGCAACCUGCAGUUCAGAGUCUGUUCAAUACUGUCAGUAUGAUUUUAUGAUCGCAAAAAAGACAAACCUAAUGUAUAAAAUCUGAAAGAUGUUAUGUAGGAUCGUAGUUUGAAAUGCAUUUCAAUGUGAUUCAUAAUGAACUAGUCUCCCCUCAAUCACUUUCUAAUGUUUCUGUGUUCUCUCUGUUCAGCUCCUGUGAUUCUGGACCCCAACACCUCUCACCCAUGUUACAUCCUGUCUGACCAUCUGACCAGUGCGCGAUGCGGAGAUGAGAGACAGCAGCCUUCUGACAGCCCAGCGAGGUUUGAUGACUAUCCAUUGGUCCUGGGCUCUUAGUGCUUUAACUCCGGGACACCCAGCUGGGACGCUGAGUUUGGGGACAGUCCAGUAUCGAGAGUGGGUGUAGUGAAAGAGUCUGGUCAGAGGGAGAAUAUGGAAUAGCCUCCCCAUCAGAUCCAGGCGCUGACCUCCCAGUGAGACAGAAAGCCCAGAGGGUCCCAGUGAGACAGAAAGCCCAGAGGGUCCCAGUGAGACAGAAAGCCCAGAGGGUCCCAGUGAGACAGAAAGCCCAGUGAGAAAGAAAGCCCAGAGGGUCCCAGUGAGACAGAAAGCCCAGAGGAUCCCAGUGAGACAGAAAGCCCAGAGGGUCACAGUGAGACAGAAAGCCCAGAGGUUCACAGUGAGACAGAAAGCCCAGAGGUUCACAGUGAGACAGAAAGCCCAGAGGUUCACAGUGAGACAGAAAGCCCAGAGGAUCCCAGUGAGACAGAAAGCCCAGAGGAUCCCAGUGAGACAGAAAGCCCAGAGGAUACCAGUGAGACAGAAAGCCCAGAGGGUCACAGUGAGACAGAAAGCCCAGAGGGUCACA